AUGAGCGACGACGAUCGUGACAUCGAUAUUGAAAGUGAUGCUGAGAAUGACUCCGACAAUCGCACACACGCUAGAAAUAAUCUGAGUGGCAGUGGAUAUUAUUCCCAGGCAGAGAAACGGGCACAUCACAAUGCAUUGGAGAGGAAACGUAGAGAUCACAUAAAAGAUAGUUUCACAUCUUUAAGGGACUCAGUACCUGCUCUUCAAGGGGAGAAAGUGGCAAGUCGCGCACAAAUAUUAAAGAAAGCCGCUGAAUAUAUCCAGUUCAUGCGGCGGAAAAACAAUUCUCACCAGCAGGAUAUAGAAGAUCUCAAGCGGCAAAACAAUUUACUGGAACAACAGAUACGGGCAUUGGAAAAAGCACGAGCAACUGGUAACUUCAUGGACGCUCAUGAACUCGGAUUGGGUAUCAAAUCAGAGGGCAGUUCACAUGAUACUGACAGUUCAGAUGGAGAGGGCACCACACGGCGUGUUAAGAAACUUAAAAUCAACGGAGUUAAUGUGAGUUAAAUAGUAUUAGUGUUAGACCAGUUUAUAGAUGUUACUCAAUUUACAAAUGUUCGAACUUGGUUAUAGGUACACUUUUCUCGUGUAACUGCUCUUAAAAAAAUCUUCUAAUUAUCUUAACCAUGUGACUGCCUCUCACCUUCCGUUCUUUUAUUUCCUGUUACUAUUGGAGAGAUAGUCUAUUAGCCAAAAAAUAUAACCACUGAUAAAGUUUUGUUUGUUUGAAUAAUAAGGAGUGCUUGUACAUCUACCUGCCAUUUUUAAAUAUAUAACAAAUAUUUUUUCUACUUUUCUUUGUUAUAAAAUGUCUAGAUUUACGAGUAGCUUAUAUUUUGCGAAAAGUCUGUGUUCCUAUAUGUUAGGCUGAUUGGUGUCCGCUUGUAUUCCACGCGGGUGGAUAACAGAUGUUCUUAGGUUCAACUAAGGAAUUCGAGAAGUAAUUUGUGGAAGAAAAUGUCCACAUUAGUCUUUAGUUUAUCCAAUCACUGGUGGUGACAGUUGUAAACUGGUUGAU